AUCGAGAGACAGAACAGCGCGCUUAUCAACAACUCGCGUGUGCGCGUGCCCGUGUUUUGUUCUCGGCGACGACUGCACCCGGCGGGAUGCUCCGGAGAGGCGCGGCGAUCGUUUGCCUGGCGCUGCUACACUGCGUGCUCGCCGAGGCCAGAUGGCACGAUUUGAGAAAUCUGAGAAGGCACCGAACUGCCGAGCCGUCGAUGGACGAGUCGCCGCGAGCGUUCGACGAUCCGGCAGCCGACGAGGACGCUCGCCACGGGCGGUAUCGCCAAUCCGAGACGAGCGAAAACGAGGAGUCGACGGAGGACAACGAAGAGGCAGACACGCGACGCGCGCCAACUCGCGCGGAGUUGGACGGCGAGUCGGAGCGCGACGAGCAGGCGCAAGCGCGCAGAGCGCCGAGGCACCGCGCGCUGCACCCGAGGAAGCGCCAUCGUCGUCAUCACGCGCGCCACCACCGAAAGCCGACGCUGGCGGACCUCGACGCAGCCGUGUACCUGGAGUACGAGGACGGACUGGAUUUGCCGCGCGACAAGCGCCACCAGCGCCGGCGCAACUGGACCGAGGAGGACUGGAGGGCCUUCGAGAGCAGCCGCCGCCCGGAGCUCUACGACCACGACAUCCACGUGUUCGAGCUGGAAGUUCGCGAGGCGCAGAACAGCUCGCUCUGCAACUACACCAUCAUACCGAUUCCCGAUCCCGGCGGCCGCGUCCCCCGCCUGCUCGAGCACGUCAAAUGCAACUACGUGGGCAAUCGCUGCCGGGAACGCGGCAGCUACUGCUGCGUACAGACUUAUCGCAACGUCGAAGUGACCUAUCCUGGAAACAAGAACGAUACCAUCAAAGUUUACUCGGGUUGUGUCUGUGCUCUGCAAAUCUACGGCACUCUCAAGCCUUACAAUCCCAAGUUGCCGCUCGACGACUAGCCGCUCGUCCUGGUACAUCGUCUCGCUCCCUUCCAUUCAUCAUUGUCGUCGGCAACUUCUCCUUCAUCAGCGACUCUAUGACAGUAUUCUUAUUUUGUAAAUAUAAAGUGGUUGUGACUGAUUGCAUUCAACUUAAUUAACUCGUCGCCAGCAGUGGCGCGUCGGACACUGUGAUCUCCCUUGCUGGUUGAUCGUCGAUUAUACGAGGCGCAUGGCACUCUGUACUUAACGAAACCGCGCUUGCCGAUGCAAGCGAGUUAUGUGAUAAGCGAACAAAACGGCAGACAAGAAACACCCAAACAAAAGCAAGUAACCGUGCCAUAGUCGAGCGUCAAUGGGUUACGCGCGUCAUUGGUCCAGAUCUGUUAAAAGACAGUGUUUGGCCCCGCCAAUAUUACACUUUGAACAAGCACGCUUAAUCCUUCUCUAUCUCUCUCACUCUCAUUUUCUUCAUCUAUUUUACUGUCACUGCGUUCAUUUAAUUUUAAACUACUUCGCUCGUCGUCUGGUAGCGAACUACCGAUUCUUGCCAUGUAUUAAUUAACAUUAGACUUCUUCUUUUUCUGUCUCUUCAUUUAUAUCUUACCUUUACAAAGAACAAAAAAACACUAUUUAUUUAUUUAUUAAAUUUUAAGCAAAUUGUGCGCCAACGAUUUUUACGUCUGUGUAGCGAGAAAGCAAAGUUUCCUGUGAGCGAGGA